AUGGAGAACCUGGCAAUUCAACCCAGAGAAGCCAGCUCGAGCGCAGGCCUUCGAGUUCUGGGGAAAGAUGGGACGGUGGCUACGGCCCGAGGGUCCCCAAGCCAGGAAGGAGUAGUCCUAGGAGCAGUGUUUGGCAGUUUGCUACGAUACAUUCCUGAUCUUACCUCAAACUCUCUUAUGUUGAUAUCAUUUCCUGGAGAUAUCCUGAUGAGAAUGCUAAAGAUGCUAAUUCUUCCUCUCAUUAUUUCCAGUCUCAUAACAGGCCUGGCUGGGCUAGAUGCCAAAUCCAGUGGUCGCAUGGGAUCACGUGCCAUGGUGUACUAUAUGUCCACCACAGUCAUUGCUGCUAUCUUAGGAGUUAUCUUGGUUUUAUCCUUCCACCCGGGGAACCCUAAACUCAAGAGGCAGGUCAGUGUGGCAUCGAAAAAUCAGGAAGUGUCCAGUAUUGAUGCAUUCUUGGACCUUAUCCGGAACCUCUUCCCAGAGAAUUUAGUCCAAGCUUGUUUCCAACAGAUCCAAACUGUGAUAAAAAAAGUUCCAGCAACCUCUCGUCUACCUGAAGAAAGGUCUACAAACUUCACCCAUGUCAUGUUACCCAAUGGUUCUUCUGUACAGCAGCCAAAAAAUGAGGUACCUACAAUUACUCAAAAGACUCUGGAGUUCAAAGGCGGAAUGAAUGUGCUAGGUUUGAUUGGUUUCUUCGUUGCAUUUGGAAUCUCUAUGGGAAAGAUGGGAGAUCGUGCCAAACCCAUGACAGAGUUCUUCAACAUACUCAAUGAGAUAGUUAUGAGAAUGGUGACCAUGAUCAUGUGGUAUUCCCCAGUUGGUAUUGCUUCCUUGAUAUGUGGCAAGAUUGCUGCUAUUAAAGAUUUGGAGAUGGUAGCACAUCAGCUGGGAUUGUAUAUGGUUACGGUUGUUGUGGGGUUGUUGAUCCAUGGUGGCUUCAUCUUGCCUUUCAUAUAUUUUGCUGUGACUCGGAAAAAUCCUUUCAACUUUUAUGCUGGAAUCUUUCAGGCUUGGAUCACAGCACUUGGAACUGCCAGCAGUGCUGGCACUCUACCUGUGACAUUCCGCUGUUUGGAAGAGAACUUGAAAGUUGACAAGCGCGUGACACGGUUUGUUCUACCAAUUGGUGCAACUAUUAACAUGGAUGGAACUGCACUAUAUGAGGCUGUGGCUGCCAUCUUCAUUGCUCAAAUGAAUGGAGUGGAACUAGAUGGAGGACAGAUCAUCACUGUCAGUCUCACGGCUACACUGGCCAGUGUGGGGGCUGCCAGUAUUCCCAGUGCAGGGCUUGUCACCAUGCUUCUCAUUCUAACAGCUGUUGGCUUGCCAACCCAAGACAUCAGCCUCCUCAUUGCUGUUGAUUGGCUGUUAGAUCGUAUGCGUACAUCCAUUAAUGUGGUUGGAGACUCAUUUGGAGCUGGGAUUGUUGACCAUCUUUCAAGAGCUGAAUUGGAAUUUCUUGAUGCUCAACAGUUAGAGUUAAUCCAGUUGGACACCAUCAAACUGCAUCCUCCAGUGCCUCCAAGGUCCGAUGAAAAGAGUAAUCACAAAGUGGAG